AUGGAGCUGCCCAGCGUGGCCCCCUCGGUGGCGCCCUCCUCCUCCUCGGUGGGGCCGGGCUCCGUGGCCGCGGCGGCGGCUGCUGCUGCUGCCGCGGCCAGCCUUCCGGUGAGCGUGGCCGGGGGUCUGCUGCGGGGCCCGCCUCUGCUGCUGCGGGCGGCCGAGAAGUACCCGCGGACCCCGAAGUGCGCCCGGUGCAGGAACCACGGCGUGGUCUCGGCGCUGAAGGGCCACAAGCGCUACUGCCGCUGGAAGGACUGCCUCUGCGCCAAGUGCACCCUGAUCGCCGAGCGGCAGCGGGUCAUGGCCGCCCAGGUGGCCCUCCGGAGACAGCAGGCCCAGGAGGAGAACGAGGCCCGCGAGCUCCAGCUCCUCUACGGAACCGCCGAGGGACUCGCCCUGGCCGCCGCCAACGGCAUCAUCCCGCCCCGCCCGGCCUACGAGGUCUUCGGCUCCGUCUGCUCCGCAGCAGCCGCCGCCGCCGCAGCCGCCGCCAACGAAGGAGCCGGAGGCACCGGGAGCCCAGAGGUGAAGCUGCAGAAGUUCGAGCUCUUCCCGAAGUCCCUUCUCCCGAGCCGCUCGGCGACCCCUCAGCAGCAGCAGCAUAGCAAGCCCUUGUCCCCUGACGGGGCGGACGGGGCUCCCGGCGGCACUUCUUCCCCGGAGCCUCCCCGUCCAGGCUGCGCCUCGGGCUCGGAGAACGGCGAUGGCGAGUCCUCCCUCAGCUCCCCGCUCUCCAAAGCCGCCAAGGACGGGGCCGCCGCUGUCGGGGCAGAAGAGGAGGAGAGCCCGGUCUCCUCCAUCAGUCCCAUGGGCUCGGACUCGGGCUGCUCGGAGGUGGAGAGGGAGGAAGCCGGGGCCGCCUCGACGGGUUUGGCCGCAGCUGCGGCUGCUGCAGCGGCUGCAGCCGCGGCAGCCUCGUCAUCGGGGGUGAGCAGCCGCCAACACCGGACCCCGCUGGACAUCCUGACUCGGGUUUUCCCGGCCCACAAACGCAGCGUCCUGGAGCUGGUCCUGGCCGGGUGCGGAGGGGACGUGGUGCAAGCCAUCGAGCAGAUCCUCAACAACCAUCAUCACCACCAUCACCACCACCACCACCAUCAUCCCCAGCAGCAGCAACAGCAGCUCCACCCUCGAGGGAGCAGCCCGGAAAAGGCUGGCGAGGAAGGCUGGGCCAGAGGCGAGGGCCCUGGGACCCUGGGGGCUCUCCAGCAGCAGCAGCAACCUUCCCCGACGGGGCCCACUGCCUCUUCCUCCUCCUCCUCGGCCGCCCACCAUCGUCCCUUACUAGCCGGAGCCAUGACCCCGGCCAUCGGAGCCCUGGGCAGUCGCUCGGCCUUCUCCCCGCUCCAGCCCAACGCCACCACUCACUUUGGGGCGGCGUCGGGGGCCUCGGGGGCGGAGGGUAGCGCCUACCCGCUGGGCACCCACCUGGGCCUCAGCCCUCUCCGGCUGGCUUACUCCGCUGCAGCAGCGGCCCACAGCCGGGGCCUGGCCUUCAUGGCCCCUUACUCGACGGCGGGGCUCAUGCCCACCCUGGGAUUCCGGCCCCCCAUGGAGUACGCCUUCAGUGACCUCAUGCGCGACCGCUCCGCUGCCGCAGCAGCAGCCGCAGCCGCCGCAGCCGCAGCCGUCGGGGCCCACAAGGAGCAGGGCUACCCCAAUGGGCUCUAUGGGCCCCUGGUCAACCCGGCCCCCGAGAAGCAGUAGCCCCGACGGCGGCCCUAAAGGCAUGUAGUAGAGCAUGUGCAGAGAGAGAGAGGAGGAGAGGUUGAGAGAUCGCAACUUCGAAUGAAUGACCGGCCCCCAGUUUUGUCCCCCCCCCAGUAACCUUAGCCCUCCGUAUCCACUGAUUUUUUUUAAUCCACUCAUUAAACCAUUAAAAAAAAAACAUAUCAGUUCCCCAAAGCCAACCUUGACUUGGCGGUAGAAGGGAGACCGUGUUGCCAUGCCACUGUUGUUCGUGGGACUUGAGCAUCCACAGAUUUUGGCAUCCGCAGAAAGGGGUGUGUUGUGUGUCUUGGAGCCAA